UCGACAAAUAUGUUGAGCUAUUGAAUUGGUUGGAGUCGAUUUUUAUGCGAGGCAGAGCAACUAUGUACCCGAGUCGUUUAUCGAUUAUUUCGACCAGUUUAUUGCUGAUGCUACUGUUUGGUGUCGUAAAGCGUUGCGAGGGGAUCGUCGGUGGAAUACGAGCGGCGCCACCGCCGGUCGAUGAUCCGGUGGUUUUUGUGCGGUAUGUGGGAAAAUCCGCCCGACUCGAAGGAACUCGUAAUCGGCAGACUGGUUUGUACUCGUUUCGGGGACUGCGCUAUGCGGAUGCUCCCAUCGGGGAAUACCGCUUCCAAAGGCCACGUUUCAAGCGAUUAAGCGGUGACAUAGAUGCAAUUAAUAAUGGUCCGCCCUGUCCUCAACCGGAGCCGAACAAUCCUUACAGAGUGGUCGGAAAUGAAGAUUGCUUGUUACUGAAUAUCUUUUCUCCUCAAAUGCCUGAUGAAUCGACCGGUUUGCCGGUGGUUAUAUGGAUACAUGGCGGAGGUUACCGUUAUGGAUCGGCAGCACAAUACGGAGCAGAGCCAUUAACACAGAACGGGGUAAUAUUUAUUCCAAUCCAGUACCGUUUAGGAUCGUUUGGUAUUAUCGGCGAUGGAAGCAGAGAUUUUUCUGGAAAUCUUGCAUUGCUCGAUAUGGCAACUGCGGUACGUUGGGUGAAGGAUUAUAUUUCAUGGUUCGGAGGAGACCCUAAUCAAAUUAAGCUGAUUGGACAUGGUUCCGGAGCGACGGCAGCAAUGAUUCUAUCGUCAGCCGCAAUGUCGCGCAGUUCAAUUACUGGAGUUGUUGCAAUGUCGGGUUCGUCAUUGCAGCCCAAUUCGUAUGAUUCAGAACCGACAGUAUCUUUGAAUGAAAUUGUUUCAGCUCAUGGAUGCUCAGCUGGUAAUGAAACCGAAAUUGUGCAGUGCAUGAGAGAAAAGUCAAUCGGUGACAUUAUUAAAGUUGAUAGUGAACUGCAAGUAAGCCGUUUAAGUGGAGAAAAAGUUGUGAAAUCAUUAACCGGAAAUGCCGGCAUUAGUCCUGCCGUAGAGCAGCGGGACGAUGAUCGAGGCUUGAUGGGCAUUCUAACGGAAGAGCCUGCAGUGACUUUGAAAAGUGGGCACGCGCCUAACGUUCCUCUGCUAAUUGGAGUAACGAAAGAUGAGACUGCUAACGGGAUAGAUGUCGAAGAAGUUGAAAAGUCAUUUACAACAGCUUCGAAUUUCCUUAAAAGUGCUAGCAAGUCUGUGGGACUGGAUGAUUUCUUGAACUUGAAUAAAUCUGUUGCACUAUUGGACUCACUGGGUGGUGUGUUGAAUUUGUCGAAAUAUUUAGAAAUACCGAAGUCAUGGAACGUAACAAAGGUUUUCAAUAAACUAGUGGAAGCGACCACCGAUGCUGUAUUCAAUUUACCCGCUGUAGUUACAGCGCAAUCUUGGAAUCAACUGUCAAAGGCUUAUUUCUACAGCUUUGAACAUCGAUCAGAAAAUACAAAUGGAGCGGAUUUUUUUGCCGGUCUUCCAAUUGUGUCAAAAAGAAACUCGACCGUUCGAACGGAUGUUGUAGGGCAUGGGGACGAAUUGGGAAUACUAUUCGAAACACAUGACAUAUAUGGAAAUAUGAUUGAAAAAUCUGCACUAAAAUCCAAACGCGACCUGGAUUCGAGACAGGCAUUUGCCACAUUCAUCGCUAAGUUUGCGUACAUGAAUUCCAGCAUUAAAAGAGAGGAUAGCUUUUUCAAGGCCUUCACGAGCAAAGGCACACCGUACAUAAAAAUUGGUGAGAAUAUAUCUCUAGAAAAUGAUUUCAGAUUCUGUCAGCUGUCAAUUUGGGGAGCUCAGCUUGAGGCACUAAAAGCAACAUCUUGUAAGUUCUUAGCGGAUGGACUUGAGGAUUUGAGAAAAGUUUUGAGUGGAAUUACUGGAAUGAUCACUAAACCUCAAAUUCCAUCGCAAAAACCGGCAAAAGUUCUUGGUAUAAUUUAAGCUCUGUUUUUUUUUUUGUAUUUUGCUAUAUUCUUUAAUGUGGUUAUGUGAAAUUAAAACGUGAGAGUUCACUACUUAAAGCGUAAAGCGUGUGUCGUGGAAUGUCCGGAUUUCAUUCUACUCUUCUUAGAUAUUCUCUAUACUAAAUGAAUUUUAUUCGAGUUUUCUUGUAUAGAAAAAUACAUUUCUGAAAACAUGGUCAUCUCUGUAAAAAGAUAGUCUGUUAUUCUGAGUCAACUUUGUAUAGUACUAUGUCAUUUAACAAUGAUUUACUUCCAGAAAAGUUUUGUUUUCAGAAGCAUGUGACUUUUAUCAAUUACCCAAGGCCGAAUCUGCAUUACGAGGAAUAAGAUAUUAGUCCAGCGGUUCUCAACCUGGGGUACGCGUACCCUUUUUUGUAAGAUUUGGACCACUGCGACCACUGUGUUGAUCUUUUGUGGUAUUACGCGUACCCUUGGGGUACUCGAAAGCCUUUAGAGAGUACGCGAGAGAAAAAUCAGUAAUGGCGGACAAAGCAAUUUUUCUUUAAAAUACUUCAUAUGUUGUUCAAUCUUGCUUUUAAGACAUGACUGUAGCAAUCAAACAAACCAUAGUUCAACUUGAAACCUGAAGUAGACUACCACAACAUGAUCUACCACUACUCUCUCCCACUCUGCGAGAACAUUCCAAGCGAGGGGGUACAAUCGCUAUGAAAAAUAUCGCUAAGGGGUACGCGGACGGAAACAGGUUGAGAACCGCUGAUAUAAUAAAUAAAUGUUGGAAAUGCCUUGAACUUAAAUACGUUUGAAAAUAAAUAGUUUUUGCUUAUCGAAAAAGAAAUACAGCAGAAGGGGACAUAACACAAUAAAUCGAUGUCGAUGUCGCCAACAAUAAUAAAAAAGGAAUUGUGCAGUGUCUAAAACGUUGCUAAAACGCAGGCUUUGUUAUCUGGAAUCGUUCUUACAAAAGAGAUCACCUUGUAGAAAUCGUAGAUACAUUGUCGUACGUACUCGUUCUACAGGAUGAUAUUAAAUCAGUAUUCAAUCUGCACCCCCAGGAAAUCUAUAUAUGGCAUCGAUUUUUUCCACAGAGUGUGUAGACUAAAUAAAAACCAAAAGAAUUCAAAGGAAUCGAACUAGGUAAUGCAAGAUAUCGGAUGGCGUGGGUGAAGUACUGCUCAACCGUUAUAUAAACAAAGCAGGAUAUGGGGUUAGCAGAGGGAACCCUAAUCAACUCUGUCGUUUGAGGCAAUGUUUUUCUAACGAGGCGUAUAAAACCGUGGAAUAAUAUGUUAAUGUGCUUCGCUGUUAUACCGAUUGAUCAAAGCAAUAUACUACACGAAACAAAAUAGGGUAACCACCCCAAAACUCACCCAGAUUAUCAGGUUCCAAUCCUUCGAAAUGAUUUAUUCGGUAAAGGGUAAUAAAAUUAGUGCCCAACUCAAUUCAAUUAACAUUAUUACAGAAGUUUUAAUCGGAACAAAAUGUGGCAUUGUAAUUUUGUGUAACGGUAUAAUUGAAACAUGAAAUAAAAUACA